CAGAGGCAGCAUGGACAUCAAGGAGUAUUUUGCCAGGAUUUCUUACCAGGGCUCCCACAAUAAACAAGACCUGGCUACCAUGUCAGAUAUAGUCCAGCACCACAUCCAAGCUGUUCCUUUUGAAAACCUGAGCAUCCACUGUGGAGAAAGAAUUGAGCUGGACCUGGAAGCGACAUACAACAAGAUAGUGAGGAAGAAUCGUGGGGGCUGGUGCAUGGAAAACAACUACCUUCUGUCUUGGGUCCUGAAAACUCUUGGCUAUGAUGUCACUCUUCUGGGAGCAAAAGUUUUUGUCCCGGAGCUCGACGGCUAUCCAGAAGAUAUUGAUCAUUUGCUGCUACGAGUGGAUCUUGAUGGCAAAUCCUACAUUGCAGAUGUGGGAUUUGGGAUGGCCUACCAGCUGUGGCAACCAAUGGAGCUGAUUUCAGGGACAGAUCAGCCUCAGACUCCUGGGGUCUUUCGUUUUCAGGAGGAGAAUGGGAUAUGGUACUUGGAGAAAGUGAAAAGGAAGCAGUGGGUUCUGAACCCGAGCACCUCGACUUCCCCAAAUGUGGAAGAUGAAGUUUGCCGUCGGAUUUAUCUCUUUACUCUUCAGCCACGAGACAUUGAGGAGUUCAGGGGCUGCAAUGCCCACCUGCAGACAGCACCUGACUCCCUCUUUGUGACCAAAUCCAUCUGCAGCCUGCAGACCGCUGAUGGUGUCCGGGCACUGGUGGGGUGGAAACUCACAGAGAUAAAGUACAAUUAUAGGGACAAUAUGGAUCUUGUGGAAAUCAGAAUGCUUGCAGAUGAAGAAAUAGAGAAAACACUGAGGGAGAAAUUCAAUGUAACACUAGACAAGAAAUUUGUACCUGCCAAUACAAGCAAGUUAUCUCUGUUCUAACUCACUGCCUGGAUUACAAUUCAAUUCAGUGGCAUUACAGGCAAUUCUUCCCUCUCUUUCUGACAAGCAUCCAAAGGUUAAUCUU